AUGUGUCUGCAGCUUCCCUCGUGGGCUGUCCGAGCUGGGGCGAGGGAGAACAUCUAUAUGGACCCAGAGAAGGUCACGGCAGCGAUCGUGACUUGUGGGGGGUUGUGCCCUGGCCUGAACGACGUUGUUGCUGGGCUGGUGAACAAAUUGGUGGAUUAUGGUGUCAAGGAAGACAACAUUCUGGGUAUCAGGUACGGGUUUCGAGGGUUCUACGAUCCUGAGCACAGGCCCAUGGUACUCACAAAGGAUUCUGUAGACGGUAUUCAACUGCAAGGAGGUACCAUUCUGGGAACAUCUCGUGGUGGUGCAAACAUGAGAGAGAUCGUUAAGAAAAUUGACAUGUGGGGCAUAAAUAUGCUAUUUGUGGUUGGUGGUAAUGGCGGGAAUGCUGGUGCCAAUGCCAUUCAUGAGUACUGCAAGAAGAGUGGAGUGCAUUGUGCAGUCGUUGGAGUACCCAAAUCGAUCGACAACGACAUCUUGUUGAUCGACAAGUGCUUUGGAUUUGACACAGCCGUUGAGGAGGCUCAGCGUGCACUGCUUGCUGCCAAAGUGGAGGCAUCCAGCGCUUUCAAGGGAAUCGGCCUGGUAAAGCUCAUGGGAAGGCAAAGCGGCUUCAUUGCAGUGCAGGCUUCCCUUGCUGCAGGUGUGGUUGAUGCCGUGCUCAUCCCUGAGGUGCCCUUUGAGCUCCAGGGACCCAAGGGCCUGUUCCAAUACCUGAAGAAGGUGAUACAGCACAAGGGCCAUGCAGUCGUUUGUGUGGCAGAGGGUGCUGGACAGAGUAUUAUGGGCCAAACGUCUAACGGCAAUGGGUCCAAAGCGACCGACGCCAGUGGAAAUCCCAUCCUCCAAGACAUUGGCAAAUUCCUUCGCCAGGAAAUGCAGUCAUACUUCAAGGAUGCUGACGUGAAGUACAUCGACCCAACAUACAUGAUUCGUGCCAUUCCUUGUGCCUCCACCGAUCGGGUGUACUGCAAGAUCCUGGCACACAACUCUGUGCACGCUGCAUUCGCUGGCUACACCGGCAUCACAGUGGGCCUGGUGAACACCCACUAUGUAUACCUGCCCAUUCCCGUGGUCAUCGCAGCUCCACGAAUGGUGGAUCCAAAGGGCAAAAUGUGGACGAGACUUCGUGCGUCCGUUGGGCAGCCCACCUUCUACGAAACGCCAGAGGAACCCAACUGGCCAUUGUUGACUGAUGACGUUGCAGCAAAGGAAGAGGCUGUUGUGUAG